GGGGCCGCUACUCACCGGCACCGGCGGGAGGGCGCGGCGCCGCCCGCGCUCCCGGGACAAAGCGCGGCCAUGAGCCGGCUGUAGGGCCCCGGGACCAGCCGCCGCUCCGCUCCCUUCGGCCGCCGCGGGGGCUCGGAGCGGGGGGGUCUCUUCUCUCGCCUCCCGCGCGGCGCGGGGUGGAUGCCGGCUGGGGCCGGCCGCGCCCGGCACCAUGCACACCGUGCAGAAGGACACCACCUUCACCAAGAUCUUCGUCGGGGGGCUGCCCUACCACACCACCGACUCCUCCCUCAGGAAGUACUUCGAGGUCUUCGGGGACAUCGAGGAGGCGGUGGUGAUCACCGACCGGCAGACCGGCAAAUCCCGAGGAUACGGCUUUGUGACCAUGGCAGACAGAGCUGCAGCUGAAAGAGCAUGCAAAGACCCAAACCCCAUCAUUGACGGCAGGAAAGCAAAUGUGAACCUGGCAUAUUUGGGAGCAAAACCAAGGAGUAUUCAAACUGGUUUUACCAUAGGUGUGCAGCAGCUACAUCCAGCCUUCAUUCAGAGACCCUUUGGACUGGCACCUCACUAUGUUUACCCCCAAGCUAUCAUCCAGCCCAGCGUGGUGAUCCCCACCCCCGUGCAGUCCAUCACGUCUCCCUACAUCGACUACACCGCCGCCAGCCAAGCUUAUUCCCAGUACACCACAGCUGCCUACGACCAGUACCCCUAUGCUGCCUCCCCCGCUGCCGGGUUCGUGGGGUACGGCUACACGGGGGCCGUGCAGCCCCCCCUGACCGCCAGCACCCCCGCAGCCCCCGCCUUCGUGCAGUACCAGCCCCAGCAGCUGCAGCCGGACCGCAUGCAGUGAGGGCCCUGCCCGCGGCCUCGCACCUGGGACAAUCUUUUGCAAUGGAAGGAUACGACUAGGACUACAAAAACCAUCAACAACAACAACAAAACCCAAUUAAAAAAAACAACCAAAAAAAAAGAGGAAAAAAAUAAUAAAUCAGCCCUCCCCUUAGUCCCCUCGAUGUAGGUGCAUAUCAAUACCUAAGCUAUUUAUAGUGUUAAGGGCGAACCCUUGCAGUCCGACUGUGCUCUUGAAAAUGGACUUCUGGUAAGUUGUUGGGUUGUUUGGUUUUGGUUGUUUUGUUUUUUUUUUCAAUCUGGACAGAGAUUGUCUUGAAGAUGUUAUAGAAGUCACUGAAAUGUUUCCCAGGAAAAGUACAGAUUCUUGCACACAUUGCAGUCUGCUUCCAUCACCUGUGCUCAUCCUUACCUACCCCAUCAGCCCUCCCCUCCUCAUCAAACCUGCAAUCCUCUUAAUUACUGUUGAGGUACAGAGGUACUCGGAGAACAUGGAAAAAAGCAAUCUUAUUUUUUGGUUGUACAAAAACUUUGUAAUACUCAGAGAUGCCUUACAGAAAAAAAAAGAAAAAGAAAAAGAAACUAUUUUUUAAUAUUUAUUGCGAUUUUAUUCGCAUGAGCUGUGAAUUGCAGACAGAAGAAUAGUAGUAAGUAUCUGCCUUGUUUAAUUCUCAUUUUACUAAAUUAUUGUAUGUAGGUAAAAGUUCUUAAGUAAUUGCUGAAUCACUUCAACAUGCAAAAGGGAAUAUUGGCUUGAAGGAGAGCAGAAUAUUCCUUUAGUCAACGCACUGUACUAUUUUCUUAUUGUAAUUGUUACUCUGUUAAGAUUAUCUCAAAUUUAGGUAUAUUUUUAAAUGCAAAAAACCAACCAAGAAUACUGAACAUUUUGUCUACUUUGGUAGAUCUUUUGUUACAAUGCUGCAACCUAUGGAGACAUUUACAGUAUUUAUGUAAAAGAGAUUUGGGGCUGUUGGCCAGCAAAGCUUAGGAGAGAAUCAUGAGUGGAGCAGAAGUGUUAUGUCACUGAACAAAUGGGUAAAUGUAACCUUUUUAUGCCUAUAAAUCCAACAGCCAAAUAAAGGAAGAGAACAGACAAUGUAAGUUAAGUGCAUUUCUACAAAGAACAGCAAUAAACUAUUUUAACUUUUAAAAUUA